UGGUGAAGGAAGCCCGCUUACCCACGACAGGGUCUCCGACUCCCAUCUCCGUUACCCUAAGGGAUGACAAGACCCAGCGCUUCUUUGAUCAGACGGUCACCGACCUCCCCUUCUUCCUCACUCUCGAGCCGAUUGAUCGUUCCCCAGCGUCUCGUCACCACCGCUCCUCUGCACAUUCUCGGCACUCCGUGGUCUCGUCGGUUCCGCAGCAUCGAGGCCGAUUGGGCGACUAAUACUCUCGUUCUCAAAACGAAGUGUGGACAGACGUAUCACAUACCUUUCAUAGGUACCACGGCGAUACCACGCCCCGAUCCUCCUCCCCCGGAGCCUUCAGUGCCCACACCACCCCCCUCUAUCACUGUCACCUCGCCUCGGCAGUUCGCUCACUUCAUUCGACAGGACGACGUCACCUUCUUUAUGGUGGACGUGACGGAUCUCUUAAAAUAUAAUCCACCCUGUCCCGACGCCGAGCUCAUCCCUCUGGAGCCAGAUCCUCCCUCUAUCUCCAUGGCUCCCAUCUCUACUUCCGUCCCUCCACCGUCCGUCGAGUCCACCCCGCCGUCGGGCGCUGACCCUGACGCUGAGGAACUCGCACGAUAUACGGCUUACCUGGAGCCCACAGUUCGUGACAUCAUCCGAGAGUACCACAACGUUUUCCCAUCGUCGUUCUCGUACGCCGGCAUCCCACCGAUGCAUGAUGUCGAGCACUCCAUUCAGCUUGUGCCUGACUAUCGUGUUCACCAUCAGGCACCCUAUAGACUCUCGAUUCCCGAUGCCACCGAACUCAAGCGUCAACUUGAGGAGCUCCUGAGACUGGGUUUCAUUAAACCCAGCAACUCCCCGUGGGGUGCACCCGUCCUCUUUGGUCGCAAAGCGGAUGAAACUCUCCGUCUCUGCAUCGACUAUCGUGGUCUCAACCGCUACACGGUUAAGAACAACUACCCCAUGCCUCGCUCCGAUGAGCUGUUCGACCGCCUAGCAGGCAGCCGCUUCUUUACGAAGAUUGAUCUUCGUAGCGGUUACCAUCCGAUCCGCGUCGCUGCAGCCGACCAGCCGAAGACCGCGUUUCGAUCGCGCUUCGGCCACUACGAGUUUACGGUGAUGCCAUUCGGCCUCACCAACGCACCCGCCACCUUUCAGAGGGUGAUGAACGACAUCUUCAGGGACAUCCUGGAGCAAUACGUUCUCGUUUACCUCUACGAUAUCGUGGUCUACAGUCGUACCCUUGAGGAGCACCUCAGACACGUUCGCGACGUCCUUGAUCGCUUGCGCAGACAUGGCUUCUACGCCAAGCUCAGCAAGUGCCGCUUUGCCCAGCACAAAGUGGACUUCUUAAGACAUUACGUGUCUGACGAGGGUCUCCACAUGGACGACGCGAAGAUCACUGCUAUUGCGGAGUGGCCUGCUUCCACAUCCGCCAAACAGCUUCGCAGCUUCCUAGGCCUGACCAGCUACUAUAGCAACUCUAUCCGGGGAUACGCUAAGUAUUCCUACGUCCUUACCUCCACCCUCCUCCGGAAGAACCCACCGUGGGCUUGGACACCCUUCCACGAGCACGCCUUCCGCGCCCUCAAGAAGGCGGUGACAUGUGCACCGGUUCUUCACCUACCCGAUUUUGAUCGCCCGUUUAUCCUUACCACCGAUGCGUCAGACUUGUUGUAGGAGCAGUGCUUUCUCAGGUCUUCCCCUCCUCUCUUGAUUCCUCUCAUCCUCGUAUCCCUCGCUUCCCACCACC